AACUUGACAUUUUUAGUUGACAUUUGACAGUUGAGUGAACACAGUGGUAAUAAAGAUGGGCAACAGCAAAUAAAAAGGCAUUUGCUUGUUGUUAAGUAGUUAGAAGCAUGGAUUGGGUGAUAUCGGACGAGUUGUCCCUGACGGUGGGAACAGUGGUCGGCUGGGUCAGCGCUGGUGCUAUGAUUAUAGGAGGUGUCAUCCCCUACAUCCCCCAGUACAGACAAAUCAGAAAGACACAAGAUGCUGAGGGCUUUUCGCUGCUAGUUUGCUUGGCCCUUCUGGUGGCCAACACCUUACGUAUCAUGUUUUGGUUCGGCAGACACUUUGAGUACCCCCUUUUGAUCCAAAGCAUAAUCAUGAACGUCACAAUGUUCAUUAUGAUACACUUAUGUGUUCGUGUGAGGAAUAGGAAUCAGCUUAUGCAAGCCAGACAGCGGAUAUUUACAGCUAAACCCAGUGAAGUCGUCAGAUUGUUAAAAUCUAAGCCUCCCCGCUCUUCUCACAAUAUUUGUGAUUUCGAUAUUAAGUACUUUUGGAACUGGAACGAUUUCCAGUCGUACAUAGACUGCAUGUUGGUAUUUACAAUAGCGACGUCAAUUCUAAUGUACGUUUUCAUCGACAAGAUAAUUUUCGUGGAGCUGAUGGGCUUCCUGGCGGUGUUUACCGAAGCCAUGUUAGGUACGCCUCAGUUAGUAAAAAAUUUCAAAAGUAAAUCGACUGAAGGGAUGAGUGUCAGUAUGGUGAUAAUGUGGACGUGUGGUGAUAUUUUUAAAACUUUGUAUUUUUUACUGCGUGAGGCGCCGAUCCAGUUCUGGAUCUGCGGAUCAGUGCAGGUGGCUGUGGACGUGUUGAUUUUGUUACAAGUUUACAUUUAUCGGGGAAAUACCGAACCGCAGCGCGACAGAGCGCACCGAGGAGAUUGAGUGGUUAUCAUAUGGACUCAUGAGGACGGAACUGACCAAAGCAAGGACGUUAAAGUUAACGAAGAGUUGCACGAAUGCGUGAAUAACAAGAACGGCAGCAAUAGUCUCGACGAUCUGUCAAACGUUGUGAGUUCACACAAUGAGAAGACUUCGAAUAAUAGUGAUAGGUGUACAGUACAUUCCGAAAAACAGUUAAAUAAGCACGUUGUUAAUGCCGAUAUACACAACGAGAGUCAAGUUAGGGUAGAUGAUAAUGAAACUGAUGGCAACGCAAGUAAAUGUAAUGGCGUUACCAAAAAUCGGGCUUCGCAUUUUUCAUACAAGAAGCACACGAAGCAUAAAGUUAGUAUGCUAAUUCAUAGACAUACGUUAUGACGUAUGCUUUUACACGUUUUGUAGGCCAACAAAUUUGAACGCGUUUUAUAUCGUGUUUUUACCUUGGAAAGGAAAUUUAUUGUUUCUUGUAAACAAACAUAAUCAAUGCUAGAUUUUAAGCGAAAUAAACGGAAAAAAUCAGACAAAUGCUUAUUUUGUCAAUAUUAUAAUCAAGAUUGUUAUUAUUGUGUUUUGUGUAUGCUCAUACUAUUGCAAUAACUGAACCCAAUUAAUUCGAAAAUAAAAUUUAUUUUACUUGGUUGAACCUAGUUCUUGUACAGAAAGUUUUAUUUUUUGUAAAAAAUGUAUAUUGUGCACGUAAUUAUUUCAUCGAUAAAAUAAAUAAAAAAAUGUUUAUUCCUGCACACUCAAAAUGUACAAAGAUAAUCUAUGAAAGAAUUUUAAUUAAAAGACUCAUUUUUUAUUAUAAAUCCUCUUUGUGUCAUAACAUUUUCGUUUGUGAGUCGAACACCACAGGUUAAAAAUUUUUUUACUUGAAAGUGGAACAAGUUUUACGUUAUUUAUACAGGCUGUUCUUUUUAUUUAUCGUGUUCCUGCAAAUUUAAUGAAAUUUUGUUAAAUGCUUAGGGCCGGUUUAGGAAAGCUGAAUUAAAAUUUAAUUCGCUGUUAAAAGUUAAUUCGCCAUGUAAUCAGUUAAUCAGAACUUUAAUUGCAAUUAACGUCAGGACGCUUCUGUAAACUACUUGUUUAUUCAUUUAGUAGUACCUGAGUUUUGGGACAACCUGUUAAUUUUUUUAUAAAUAUAAUUCAUUUCUUUUUUAUGAUAUAUCAUUGUGGCAAUAACUUGUAGGUAUAUCCAUAUUUGUAUUUUUUGGUUGCAACCGAAUAUUUUAUUUGACUUCAUUAUAAAAAAUAUGUUCGUCAUUAUUUAUUACUCCAUACUGCUGUGAUUUUACGUGCUGCUAGUCUUUCUACAAAUGCAACAUAAAACUAUAAUUUAUGUUGAUAAUUGCUUCCUAAAUAAUUUUUGUUUGUGACGCCUAUACAGGGUUUAUAAAUGUUCUUACAACACGUUAAGUACGGAAUUUUUUGCAUUGAGAAAAAACUCGUACAGCAAAUAACAAACAUGAUCACCGACAUUUGUAAACAACCUGUAUAUUGUUAAUUUGAUUUAUCCACUAGUUGAGUGUUCGAAAUAAGUCAUGCUUUUAGUAUAUUAAGCUUUAUUUAUUAUAAAUGCCUUCGUAUAAGAAGUUUCAAGUGCUUCCUUUCGCCAAAAAAUAAUUACUUCUAGUUUAGUAACAUAAUCUGGAAAUGACAUUUCGUACAUUAAUUUGUACCUUUGUGUAUUUUAUAUACCUUAUUAAUAUAAGGUGAGUCCUCUAAAAGUAUAUUUUUACUGCUAAUUUUCACAAUUUUUUAUUGUAUCGAUUGUUGUUAAUUUAGAGAAAUUUUAAAUAAAUUCAGAAGCUUAGAAAAGAGUUAAUUAUUCUGAGAGAAUCGUAAUUUUUGAGAUAGAUUUUUAAUUAGUUUUGUCGCAACUGGAAGUAUUUAUUUUUUUGGUGGAAGGUAACAUUUGGAAUAUCUGGUAUGUAGUUGAUAUUUUUUGUUCAGUUUGUGCUCUCUCAUAAUAGUCUUUAUUAAAUUAUUUUCUUAAUUUCAAGCUGAAUGCUUUUAGUUCAUAGUAGAGAAUACUAGUAUAGUGCAAUUAGUGAAACAAAGAAUAGUUGGAUACCAUUUUUUUGGAUUUUUUUUCUUUUACUUUUGAUCAUUUACGAAUGCGGCGAUUUUGAAGUUCAAAGUCCAUUAAUUUCGAAACACAUUUUUAUAAUCACUUUCCCAGUAAUGUUAUUGUAAUGCUUUUCUAAUUAUCCCAACAUAUGGUGUUGUAAUUUAAAGCGUUUUAUUAAAGAGAUAGUCUUACAUUGUCACCGCAUGUAGUAAACAGAAACCUUCAAACUUUAGCUUCUAAACAGCAUUGCGGUAAAAUUACGAACGCUUUUGUGCAAGUUUUACCAACCGCAAAAGUAUUAAAAUUGUUGAACUGUUAAAAAAUUCUUGUCAAAGAUAAUUUAAGACUAAUUGCACUAAACUGUGUUAAGUAGAUCGGAGUUUUAAUGUAACAUUCCAACUAAUAACGAGACAGUACCUACUUUGUUUUCCGCUGUACCAAGCUGUGUAAUGUAUAAAACUGUUAGUAGCGUCUACGCCAAAUUACGUCUUCUGUUUUCGAAAAAUUGUAAUUUUUAUACCUUGUAAAUAAAAUAAAUUAUAUUUGACAAAA